GCGGUCGGAAACUUUAUUUUAUCGAAGUUAAUUGUCUGACUGUCACUGUGCAAAUGGGGAUAAUGAGAACGAAUCGAUCUAUGUGAACAGCUCUGUAACCUGUAAACAACGGGGCUUUUCCCCUCUUAAGCAGAGAUUUCAUUACUUGGCCAUUUUACUCAAAUGUUUUUAGUGUUUUGUAAACAAACAUGAAUUUAAUGAAACAUACAGAUUAUUUCAUCGCAAUUUAAUCCAGAGUCGUUGAUCUAAAUAAUCCUCUAAUCUGUAUAGCGGUUACGGUAGUUUGACAGUUUUAUUUCAUAUACAAUUGUGAAGUAUUAAACCAUAAAUAUAAUAAUCAUAAUCUGCCUACUCCUUUAGACAGGGCCGAGUGACGUAAUGUAAGCGUUAAGGUCCGUAGGGCGCAGGCGAAAAAGCAGGCGUUCCUAGGCCUGACCAUGCCUGACGAGCAGACGAGGCGGGCGGGGCCCGGCCACAGUGACAGAACUGUCCCCAAGCCCAGGGAAAAGCCCUGGAAGGCUCACGGGAGGGAGCAGACGUGCUUCCCCAGGCCGGCGGGGGAUGAGAUGAGCAGGUUGAAAGAGGUCGUUUACCUUCAAAGUCAACUUCAGAACCGGAGCUUGGAGAGCGACCAACUUAGUGCGUCUGCUGAUCUGCAACGGAAGCUUAACCAGCUGGAGAAGGAAAAGCUACAGUUCUGCACCAAGUUCAAUGUGGAGGUUUCCAUGUAUGAAGAGCAGCUGGCCAAACUGAGGGCUGUCGUGGAGAGAGGAGAGGCCCGGCGGCAGAACCUGGAGUACGAAAUGGCCGCGCUUCGCAAGCAGGCCGCGGCGGAGAGGAACUCGGCCGAGGAGAUGGUGGCCAACCUCGGCCGGAAACACAGUCAGCUCCAAGCGCGGAGCACCGAGUUGCAGCAGCGGGCCUCGGACCUGCAGCGGGCCCUGGCCGUCGCACAGCAGGCCCGCGAGGAGGUCCGGCGGAGCCUGCAGACGGAGCUGGAGGAGAGAGAACGGCUGCUGCUGAGCGCCGGUGCAGAGAACGAGCGGCUGGGCGUGGAGACUGCGCGCCUGAAGGCUCUGCUGCAGGAUCGGGAGGGGGCCCUGCUGGAGCUGUGCAGGAAGGCGGAGGAGAUCCAGCGAGAGCGAGACGAAGACAGGCAGCAGCACAGGAGACGGGCCAAAAAGCUGCAGUGUGCCGCGGGACGCGAGGGCGCCCUCCGCAGGCAGCUGGAGGAUGCUGAGCAGAGUGCGAAGAGCCUGGAGGCCGUUUUAGAGUCUGAGAGAGCAGCUCGCCUGGAGUCGGAGGAGCGUGUCUGGGAAUUGGAGGCCAUGCUGGAGGCGACAAGGAAUGGCCAGGAGGGGGCGCUCUCCAGCCUGGAGCUGAUGAAGCAGCAGCUCUCUGAUCUGGAGGUGGCCAAUGAACAGGAACAGAACAAGGCCAGGAAUGUGCAGCACAUGCUCACACAGUUGGAGAAGGACUAUCUCUCCAUCAAGUCUGAGGUUGAGGAGAAGGAUAAGACCAUGGAGGAGAUGUCCAGGGCCAUGGAGGAGAAGGGUCGGACCAUGGAGGAGAUGUCCAGGGCCAUGGAGGAGAAGGGUCGGACCAUGGAGGAGAUGUCCAGGGCCAUGGAGGAGAAGGGUCGGACCAUGGAGGAGAUGUCCAGGGCCAUGGAGGAGAAGGGUCGGACCAUGGAGGAGAUGUCCAGGGCCAUGGAGGAGAAGGGUCGGACCAUGGAGGAGAUGUCUAGGACCAUGGAGGAGAAGGGUCGGACCAUGGAGGAGAUGUCCAGACGGCUGGAAGACUGCGAAAGGCAGCGGAAUGAAGUGCAACAGAAGCUUCAGGAGGCCGAGAGGCAGCAGUCCGUGGCACAGGAACUCAACGAGAGUUUCAUGCGAGAUCUGUGGCAGAUCUUGCACCGAGAGGGAGCGGCGGGGCCACAGGCGGCAGGUGCUGUGGCUGAGGACAUGACCCAGAGUCCCUCUGAGCUGCUGGAGAGCGUGAAGGAAAUGGUGCACCACUACGCAGACACGCUGGAGAAGAUGACCAAUGAGGUGUUGGAUCUGCGUCGUUUAAAUGAAAAAGCAACUGAGGAGAUCAAGGGCCUUGAAGACAGAGCCUCUUCCUACAGGAAGAGCAUGGAGGAUUCCCACAGCAGCCUGGCACAGGCCCUCGAGGAGCUGUCUCUGCUGCGUACCCGCUGCGUGGACAGUGCCGCCCUGGUGGACAGGGCCCAGGAAGAGCUGCUAAGUUCUCGUCGCCACUGCAAGCUGGAACAGGAGCGCUCGGCCGCCGCUGAGAAGGAGCUCCAUGAGCUGACUGUCUUUCACCAGCAGGAUCUGCAGGAGAAGCUGACCUCCCUGCACGGCCUGUACCAGCGGCUGCUCGUGGGGCGUGUGCUCAUACCCCAGCAAGACCCCCUGCUGGCCAGCUUCUCCUGGGCCGAGCUGAACACCGCGUUGCAGGAGCAGGCGGCCGCAUUGACCUCCGACCUCAGCCGCGCUAAUGAGAAGGUUUCCCACCUGCAGGGGGUGUGUGAGAAGCAGGGCAGGGCCAUGAGGUGCCUGCAGCAGAGCCAGGAGGCCACCUUCUGCAGGCUGACUGGACAGCUCCAGGAGCGCGAGGAGGCUUGGCAGGAGGAGAGGCGCCGCCUGGAAAGGAGACAUGGCCAGCAGGCCGCCGAGGCCUCAGCCAGGGUACAGAAGUGGCAGGAGGUGGCAGAGACAGCCCAGGAGAAGGUGGCCGGUCUAGAGAGCAUCCGCAAUCAGAUGGCCCUGGACCUGGCUCGCUCUCAGCGGCUCCUCCUGCAGGCCCAGCAAGAGACUGCCGCCCUGCUGGCAGCCUGUGCUCUGCUGGUGGGGGCCCUGGGGCCGCUCCGCUGGCGGCUCGCAGCCCUUUGUACCCAGAAGGCUCGACUCCUGGAACUGCUGGCGGGACACGAGGCCUUCGAGAAGGAGGUGGCCUCGCUGGUAUGGGCGCUGGAGCCCGAAGACGUAGCGCCUCCCAGAGAGCAGGCGGGCCGUGGCCUGAGAGCCUUCCGGAAAGGUGCCGUUGUUGCACUGGCGGCAAACCGCCUGCGGAGGCUCGGGGAGCACUCCCGGCUGCUGUUCAUCUCGGACUGUGGCCCCACUGUGCUCCCAGCUCUCCCUGUCUGUGCCCUGGGGGCUCGAACCCCAGCAGACGGUGCCAACUCGGCCCGGGAGGGACAGAAUUCCAGUGUGGUCUUUGGGGGCCUCAAUGGCAGGACCCUGCUGCCCACUGUCCUCAGGGCAAUGGAAGGGCUGCAGCUGAAGGCCCCUGACACAGGGUCUCGUUUGCAGCAAGGAGCUGCCUGGGGUCGUUUCUCCAUGCUGCUGGAAAAGCUGCUUGGUGAGGCCCAGUCGGCCCCCGGGGCCUGGAUCGGAGGCUGGGGGGAGCUGGUCCAGAGGCUGGGCCGUGGCCUCCGCCAGCUCCCAGAUGCCGACCCUGCCACCCUCACCAGGAAGCGCAUGGUGCAGCUCCUGCAGCAGCACGUCCUGCAGCUGACGCAUCGGCUGCACCGUGUUGAGGUGGAACGCCGCAGCCUGCGCCUUGAGCUGGCUCAGGCCAAGCGUGAUGUAGGGGACAAGCCUGAUGUGGAUGUCCCCAGGCGGGGGUUCGAGAGUGUCUGCCAUGAGCUGCAGGAGGCGCUGCUGAGGGAGCGGCAGGCCCAGGAACUCCUCCUGGAGCAGGCGGAGCAACUCCGCAAGCUGGGCCUCCAGCUGGAGGUGCACUGUGGGGAGGAUGCUGAGAAGGAGCACACACUGACGGAGGCAGUCCAGAGUCUGUCGGACGCCAAGGCGGAGCUGCGAAGGAAAGAUCAGGCCCUUCGCCAGCUCAGAAAGAGCGUCUCCCAAUUGCAACAGAACAAGCUAGAGCUGGAGCGAGGCGUGCACCAUGCAGAGAGGGGCCUGCGGGCGGCGGCCCGGACCAAGGAGACCCUGACCAGCUACAUGAGGUCUGUUGCAGGCUGUGUGAAAGACGUCAAAGCACGAGGUUCCCUGUCACUGACCGCCUCCCCUCUCUGGCUACCCAGAGUGCAACUGGAUCCCCCAGAGCCCGACGUCGACGCCUGUCAGGUGGGCCCCACCGUGGGAUACUGCCGCUGCCUUGUGCUAGCCGUGGAUGCAUGUGCAGUUUGACGAGGAUGCUGGGAUCACUUGACAAUAUUACACUCACGUUCAGUCACAUGACCCUAUGGCAUCACUGCCUGGAUGUCUCUGAGUGAUCUAAACCAUCUGCUUUUAUGCAUUUCUGCUCUGUGUGUUUCUGUGUGUGUGCAUUUUUACUCUCACUCUUUAUGUGUGUCUGUGUCUUUUUUUUUCUACUCUCACUGUGUGUGUGUUUCUGCUCUCACUGUGUGUGUGUUUCUACUCUCACUUUCGUGUGUGUGUUUCUACUCUCACUUUCGUGUGUGUGUUUCUGCUCUCACUGUGUGUGUUUCUGCUCUCACUGUGUGUGUGUUUCUGUUCUCACCCCACGUGUGUGUGUUUCUGCUCUCACUGUGUGUGUGUUUCUGCUCUCACUGUGUGUGUGUUUCUGUUCUCACCCCAUGUGUGUUUCUGUUCUCACCCCAUGUGUGUGUUUCUCCUCUCACUGUGUGUGUGUUUCUGCUCUCACCCCAUGUGUGUGUUUCUGCUCUCACUGUGUGUGUGUUUCUACUCUCACUGUGUGUGUGUUUCUGCUCUCUUCCUCUCCCGUCUUUCCCUCUCCAUUCUACACAGCAGCAGUAAAGAUGCCAGGCUGCCUAAUCAGAGCAGCACAGUAGUAUGCUGGGCGUCCUGUAGCCUUAGCUGCUAAUCGUGUCCCACUGCCAGCAUGCAGGCUGCCCCGUUAAUGAUGGCUGCCAGGUCAAGGUUAAUGUGUCGAGUUGGCUGCCAGCAGACCUCUGGGGGCGCUGGUGGGCUGGGGCUGUGCCAUUAGGCUUUGCGUGGGCCCUAAUCGCGCCUGUGAGGGCGGGAUCCACACGGAGACGCUGGGCGCUGCCAUUGACCCCACUUUACAGAUUCAGCAAAUUUGUGUGCUGACAGGCUGGACACUCCCGGUGUGGUUGGGCCCAGGUGUGUGGUCAGGUCAGGAGCUCUGUGUGUGGGCAGGCUGGUGUGUGUGGUCAGGCUGGUGUGUGUGGUCAGGUCAGGAGCUCUGUGUGUGGUCAGGUCAGGAGCUCUGUGUGUGGUCAGGCUGGUGUGUGUGGUCAGGUCAGGAGCUCUGUGUGUGGUCAGGUCAGGAGCUCUGUGUGUGGGCAGGCUGGUGUGUGUGGUCAGGUCAGGAGCUCUGUGUGUGGGCAGGCUGGUGUGUGUGGUCAGGUCAGGAGCUCUGGGUGUGGUCAGGCUGGUGUGUGUGGUCAGGUCAGGAGCUCUGUGUGUGGGCAGGCUGGUGUGUGUGGUCAGGUCAGGAGCUCUGUGUGUGGUCAGGCUGGUGUGUGUGGUCAGGUCAGGAGCUCUGUGUGUGGUCAGGCUGGUGUGUGUGGUCAGGUCAGGAGCUCUGUGUGUGGUCAGGCUGGUGUGUGUGGUCAGGUCAGGAGCUCUGUGUGUGGUCAGGCUGGUGUGUGUGGUCAGGUCAGGAGCUCUGUGUGUGGUCAGGUCAGGAGCUCUGUGUGUGGUCAGGCUGGUGUGUGUGGUCAGGUCAGGAGCUCUGUGUGUGGGCAGGCUGGUGUGUGUGGUCAGGUCAGGAGCUCUGUGUGUGGUCAGGCUGGUGUGUGUGGUCAGGUCAGGAGCUCUGGGUGUGGUCAGGCUGGUGUGUGUGGUCAGGUCAGGAGCUCUGUGUGUGGGCAGGCUGGUGUGUGUGGUCAGGUCAGGAGCUCUGUGUGUGGUCAGGCUGGUGUGUGUGGUCAGGUCAGGAGCUCUGUGUGUGGUCAGGCUGGUGUGUGUGGUCAGGUCAGGAGCUCUGUGUGUGGUCAGGCUGGUGUGUGUGGUCAGGUCAGGAGCUCUGGGUGCAGUUGGGUCGGUGUGUACAGUCAGGUCAGGAGCUCUGGGUGCAGUUGGGUCGGUGUGUGAGGUAAGGUCAGGAGCUCUGGGUGUGGUCAGGCUGGUGUGUGUGGUCAGGUCAGGAGCUCUGGGUGCAGUUGGGUCGGUGUGUACAGUCAGGUCAGGAGCUCUGGGUGCAGUUGGCCCAUGCGCGCCUUCUGGCAGCUGCGUAUUCCCAGCUUGGGACCACGCCCCACAUCACAGUAAGAUGUAUGCACGCUGCUUUAUACUGUCUAAAAUAUCUGGACUGUGUCUGUGGC